AUUGUUGUCACAGGUUGAUUUGCGUGAAUUCUACGAGACGAUAUGCGCAGUCAUCGGGAGAGAACCACGAUGUCCUCUUGACAGACUUGCCUCGUUCUUCACCUGUGACUAUAUCGACCCCCUAAAUUUCGAUCGGUUUGUCAAAAUCGUCGACGCGAACAACGUGCAAACAGCCCACAACAAACUACUUACAGGCACUGCCACCAAUGUAUCCCAGUUCCUUAAAAGCCAGAUUAGGAUUGGUCACUUACGAGACGCAAUACCCCAGGGGGACUCAAACGAACCAAUCAGGGCGCUCGACUCCAGGACACUGACGUCGAGCAAUGGUUCCUCGACAUCGUCCCGCCUCGCGCUGUCGCCACGGAGUGAGAAUGGUGACGAAAGCAUGACGUCAGGGCUAAGCAACCAAUCAAAUGUUUCCGGCUCAGCGUGGUUGAAAAUCAAAGUGGAAAAUUGGUUUCGAGAAGUGGACCGUCUUUACAGGUUCUUCCACGGGGACAUCCCCAAAGACGACACGGAGGCCCUCCUUAGAGGGCGCCUUCCAGGUACAUUCUUGCUCCGUUACAGCUGUGCCAACCCCAGUCGUCUCUGUGUAUCGUUCGUCCACUCAAUACCGAUCAGUGAUAACUAUAGCUGGAAGGAGCAGGUCCACCGACGUGACGUCAUUCUGCACCAUGAGCUCCUGUGCACAAAUGUGAAGGAAAUCAACAGUCCAAGACAAGGAGGCGAUAUAAGGAGACGAUUCAGUUGCGACGAUCUCAGUCCACGAAGAGAAAAGAAAGCGGUACCUAAUAGGCAAAGAGCGUUUAGUGCCCUUCAUCACUUGUUGAAAUCGGGUGCCUUGCUUGAGGAGAAUCUGAAAUAGUCCGGGAAGUUUCUUCAACAUUUACAGAGAUCGGGCCAAAUAUUCGUGAACUCGAUGAAUGAACAUCAUUUUGAACGAACGCUUUAGGCGCCAUAAAUGCUCUGCAUAGAGGCCCGAAUUCACAAAGGAGGUUGUCGACAAACCUUGGUUUUCGUACGUCAUAUGACGCGUUUUGACGCAUUCUU